AUGGACGAGGACCGGCCCCUCUUCAGCACCUUCAAGCCCCUCGGCCAGCCAGAGGCUCCUGACACAUUGUCAGCAGAACGUCCUCGCUGCGUGUCCUCACCUGAGCUCCCGAUGCUCUCCCAGGUGCCCCCAGGUUUCUGGGCAGCCCCAGCAGCGCCGUGCCCGCCCGAGGAUGAGGAGAGGGCGGUGCUGCGUGCCCGCACCAGGCUGUGGUUCCAGCAGACCCAGGCGCACCGGCUGGGCCCCGACGGGGAGCUGCCCUCGUGGUUCCACGGCUUCACCAGCCGCAGGGAGGCAGAGGAGCGGCUGCAGGAUCAGCCCCUGGGCUGCUUCCUGGUGCGCUUCAGCGAGAGCACCGUGGGCUUCGUGCUGUCCUACAGGGGCAGGGAUCGCUGCCGGCACUUUGUCCUGGACCAGCGGCCCGACGGGCACUACGGGAUCCUGGGCGAGCGCAGUGCCCACCCCGAGCUGGCCCAGCUGCUGCAGCACCACAGCACGGCCCCGGUGAGCCCCUACCGAGAGCUCCUGAGCCUGGCACUGCCCUGCCCGCGGAAAGAGGAGCCCCGAGGGCGGCCACAGGGUGAUGCUGCUCAUUCCACAGCGAGCCAGGCAGCGUCCACACUGCCAGAGCACAGCCCAGGGUCCCUGGAAACGCCCAGGGCCGAGGCUCCACCGUCUCUCCCUGCCAAGAGCAGCUCCCGGGGGGCUGCUCGGGGGCUGCAGAGCCCCUCCAGCAGCACUGCGGCCCCCGAGGCUCCCUAUGCCCGGGUGCAGAGCCCCUCCGGCAGCACCGCAGCCCCCGAGGCUCCCUACGCCCGGGUGCACAAGGAGCCCGCCCGCCCCGAGCCCCCCGAGGCCAAGUACCAGCAGCUCAUGUGCUUCCACGUCUACGCUGAGCCCCGCGAGCAGAUGGAGCCCAGCCCCAGCAAAGCCCAGGAGCCCAUGCCAGGGGCACCCCCCAACCCUGAGGGACCCCCCAUCCCCGAGGAGCCCAUCCCGUUCUACGCCAUGGCCCGCGGCUGGAGCCGCCGUGGCAGCCCCGAGGAGAACAUCUACUCCGAGGUGGCUCUGGCUGGGCAGGGGGUGCCCGCCCGGCCCCCCAAAGCCCCCCAGAACGCUUUCUCCACGCUGCCCCCCAAAGGCCGGCCCCACCGGCCGCUGUUCCGCAGCGUUUCCAGCCAGGACUGCAGGAGGAGGCAGCACUCGGGGGCUCCCAGCAGGGACACGGAGGACAGAGGAGCUCCCAGCACGGGCACGCAGGUUGUGCUGAGCCCAGAGCUGGAGCUGGAGCUGGAUGACCCCGUGUACAGCAGGAGCAGCCCCAGGGACCUGCAGCCCACGGCUGAGAAUGUGUAUGAGCAGCUGCCUGGGGACUGCUCCUAAACCACCUGGAUCCUUGCAGGAGCAAUCCCAGCCUCCCCAUCACUGCAGGAAGCCCUUAGCCCUGGGAGGAGCUCCAAAGGUGCUGUUGGCCCCAGCUGGCAGUGCCAACCUGCUCCUCCAGCUUCCCAACCCUGCUGGACAGCACAGGGGGAGCCUGGCCUUACCCAUGAACACAUUCCAAGAGACUUCUGGUAAUAAAAUGAGGGGAAAAGGCUGUUACAGGAAAAACAGGGAUGAUUUUGGCACAGUUGGUGCAUGCACUUGGAUAUUAAAUUGGCCAGAAACUGGAAAAAAGGCUACAGGUAAAGCAGGGAUGGGUUUGGCACUUGGAUAUUAAAUUGGUCAGAAACUGCAGUGAUGCCACACUGAACCUCCCCAAGCCCUGCCUGCUUCCUCAGCCACAAAAUGUGGGAUGACACCACUGUCCCAGGGCUGCCCUGUGGGGCACAAACCCUGGAGAGCCACAGUGGGGCUGGGCAGUGCCAGUGGUGCUCCCAGAACAGGGAGCCAGGAUGGCCAAACCAUGGCUUGGAGGGAAAAGGAGGGUUGGGGGAUUGCAGCUGUUUUAUCUCUGGGAAAAUUCACUUCUGACCUUUCAGAGACCUGAAUUUUGUUGGUCUCAGAGGGCUGAAAGUGGAACGGGAGCCCUUGGAACUUCCCUUGGUGCUAAAGCCAAGCCAUAACCCCAAUGAGAAAUGGAAAGGGGAACGUGGCAGCUCCAGCCCCCACAGUGCAAAACCCCCUGGUCAAGAGGGUACCUGGAUGAGGAUCUGAGCCCCUGGUGAUGGAAACAGGGCUGGGUGGGUUCAUUUAGAAAUAUAUUCCUUCAGCAAAUCUCUUCUGGGAGGAUUUCACUGUACAUACAAGAUAGGAAUAAAUUACUCAACAGUAA